UCCCAAGAAUUUCAAAAAUUACAACCCCUGUUUACGAUUUCGUAUUUAAUCUUAAAGCAAUUUUCCCUUCUAAACACAGAGAAUGAAGCAAAAGGUUGUUAUUAGGUUAUCCAUGAAUGGAAAUGAUCAGAAAUCGCGGUCCAAGGCCUUCAAAAUUGCCGUUUCUCAGCCAGGUGUAGAAUCAGCAGCUAUACAAGGGGGAGAAAAGAAUCAGUUAGAAGUGGAGGGAGAGCAGAUUGAUGCAGUGACCCUAACCAAAUUGCUUAGAAAGAAAUUGAAGCAAGCAGAGCUGUUGAGUGUUGGCCCUGUUGAGAAGAAAGAUGGUGACAAAAAAGAGGGUCCAAAAAUGGAAGUUGCCAUGACACAGUGGCCAUCCUAUAACUACCCUUAUUACGUUGUUCCUCAAUUUUCAGUUUAUGAAGUUAGAGAUUCAUAUCAACCAUGCUGCUCCAUUAUGUGAAUCAAUAGCGUAUAUAGGAUUUUACGUAAGUAGUGUCAGCUUGUUGUUGUAAAUCAAUUAGUACUAUAAUCAAUUAGUACUGCUAUAUAGAUUUGGGGUUGAGGCUAUGAGGUUGUAAACAACCUUUACUUUUUUUUAAAAAAAAUCCUAAAUCAAUUUUUAGUUUACAUUUUCUUUAACCAGUGUCAGUCUAGUGUGGUUGUAUUUGUUCUUAGAAAAUAUUAGAUAUAAUAGGAGAAAGGUGAUACUUAAUUCGAACUUGUGAAACUGCAGUUAAAACUGU